AUGUGCAAAGAAACAUGUUGUGUAGAAUCUGUGGCAAUUUCAUUGGAGCAAGAUGAACAUCAAAUCAUACAGACAAGGGAUGGCAUUGAGUUGGCUGAUCUCAUCUUGCCACAUGGAGAAUUAGAGCCAGAACAUAUGAAAUACCAUGGUCAAACAUUGCAUGCAGCCAUGCUGCCCUGUCUAGUGCCAGGGACAAUUAUCACUUUGGAAAAUCAUCGGGAGCAAACAAUCUACUUUUGGCACAAGCUUCGACAGCACAUACAAGUGCCAUUUAUACUCUUUACAACAGGAUCUGAUGGAGACUCCCCUGAAGUCUAUGAUCAUUACAUUGCAGACCCUCUCUUGAUCCAGUGGUAUGGAACAAACCCAAUCAACAGGUCACAUCCUCUCUUCCAACAAAACCUUCAUAAAUUCCGAUCACUUAACCUGGGCCUGUCGUAUCAGCACCCACAAGAAAGGCAUCUUCUACCGUAUUUGCAGCUCAACAACUUCACUAAUCCUUUCUUGGACAAGAGAAAAUGGGAUUUCUCCAGGGAGGAAUUCAACUUUGAAACAGAUGUGUUUGUUCAUUUUGGACUUAAUAGGCCCCACAGAAAGCAGCUUUGGAACCUGCUGUGCCCAAAUACAACUACAACUGGAAGCUCUUGUAAUGCUGACACCAAUGGCCUUGAAGUUCACAAGUUGUAUUCUGGCAUGAGUCAGUAUCGAUUUGGCAUCAGUCCAACAGGAGUGGGCUAUGACUGCUAUCGAACAUAUGAGAUGCUUUUGCUGGGUGUCAUCCCAAUCGUGGAGAAAACUUGGACCAAAGACCUAUUUGAGGGUCUGCCUGUGAUUCAAAUGGAAGACUUGGCCAGUGCAUCCAGUAAGCAAGACUUUGUGGAUGCCAUUCAGAACUACAUUGCAAGUGAUUCAUUUCAGAAUGCAACCUUUGAGAGGGGUUGGGAACGUUUGUUUUUGAAAUCCAGACGACAAGAAUUGCUGCAGGUUAGUCAGAGAGAAAAAGAAGUGCUUGUUGACCAGCAUGGCAUGCAGUACUACCAAGCCUACCAAUACACUGUGAUUGGCAGCAAUCACAGCCAUCUUCAACCUGAAGAUUGCAAAUAUGGAUGUGAGGUCCAUGAUGAUGAUGCUAUAAAGGAUUGGUUUGAAAGCCCUCUUCCCACACUGACAGGGGACGAAAUCAAGUGGCUGCAAGAUUGGGAGAAGAAAAGUCAAAUCCCACAAUAA